CAUGUGUGAACUCAAUUUUAUUAGGCCCUGCCGUGCUUGCAUCAACCUUCGUGAAACAAAGCAUAUUCUUUCUUUCUCUGGAUAUCUCCGCCCCAUUUGAAAAAAGACGCCAGCUAGAGUCCAAUUAAUACGUCGGACCUACACACACACACACACAUUCCGUCCUGCGACUUUAAGCAGUCUAGCCAUGAACUCAACCCUUGACAUGUUCACAUUUGUCAUGGAAGACAUGGAAAUUGAGAGAGAAAGCAAGAGAAGGAAAUCAACUUCAAAUGAUGAGCAUCAUCACCCAGGACCAGGAAAUUGUUUUGAAAAUCUACCUCAAGAAGUUGCUCUCGACAUAAUUUCCAGACUAUACAUAAAGUCCGUCAUCCAAUUCAGGUUUGUUUGCCGAAGUUGGAACAAGUUGUCACAUGAUCUUGAUCUUGUUAAUUUGCAUCUCACGCGUGCAUUAGAAAACAAGGACAUAUCUCUGAUCUUUCAUUGCGAUUAUCCUGUAAACAAUCAACUUUAUUUUGUUGAAUUUGCUGAUCAGAAUCCUGACAAAGAUGUAUUAAGAAAAAUUCAGACUCCUUUUUCCACCUUCAUGCCUGAAUUUCAAGUCGUUAGCUCUUGCAAUGGCCUACUUUGUUUGUCCAACUCUUUGUUUCAUGAUGGACCAUAUGUUUAUAAUCCUUUUACGGGAGAUUAUAAAGUGCUACCAAAAUCCACUGAAUUCCAGGACCAAGAUGUUGUAUUAGGAUUUGGAUUCCAUCCUAAUACCAAUGAAUAUCGUGUAAUAAGGAUAGUCUAUUAUUGGAAUUUGUAUGAAUUACCUCCACGUAUGUCGCGAAGGUUCAGGUAUCGGAAUUUUCCAGGAUCAGAAGUUCAAAUAUUUUGCCAGGGCAGUGAAAAGUGGAGGGUUAUCGGAGACAUACCUUAUAAACUAGAUCAAUCAUCAGGAGGGGUAUUUGUCAAUGGAAAGCUUCAUUGGGCACAGAUACUCUCUCAGUGUUCUGGGAGGGUGUCUGUCUAUUGUUCAUCCUUCGUCUACAAAUUAUUGGGUUCAAGACAUUUGGAUCAUGAAAGAGUAUGGCGUGAAAGAGUCCUGGGAGAGAGUUUUCAGCAUCGGGGCUUAUGAUGUGACGAGAUAUAGGUCUCCAGAAAUGCGACGAACAUACAGGAUCUGGAAGAAUGUAAUUAAUCAACGAUAUGUUCACGUACUUUGCCUUCUCAGCAAUGGUGAGAUCUUGUUGCAGUAUAGAUGGGGAGCUCUAGUUUCCUACAAUCCUGAGAAUGGCAUGUUUAAGGACAUAAAGUUCCCAGGAAUGCCUAAAUUCUUUCAUAUCACUGUGCACAUUGGCAGCCUGAGCCGAGCAAAUGCCGCUUCGAUGUUAAUGAAUCUCAAUUGAACUGGAAAACUUGAACAUAUGUACAGAAUAAAUGACUUUGAUGGUUAGAUUGCUUAGGUCCUUUGCCUUCUCAGAAAUAGUGAGAUCUUGUUGAUGGUUAGUUUGCUUAGUUAAUACAUGAUAUAAUUCAUACAUUUACUGGUGUAUUCAGUGUAGUUAUUAACGGAGUAUCAAGUCUUUGUUUUACAUAACAGCUAGCGUAUCUAUAACGAGGAUGAUUCGCAUGUCAUCUUUCC